UUAAGUUCACUGAAAAUUUUAGUAUGCGUUUCAUUUUCUAUAUAUUAAAUAUUUUAUUAAUGUUACUUGAAAUCAACACGAUAUAUGCGAAAGUUACUUGUAAUAUAGAAAUCUUUUGCACUGGACCAAUCUUACAUACAGUUCAAAUGUCAAAUGUAUUAAAUUCCUCUAAAGAAUUCGUCGACAUGAAAUUAAAAUACCCCGAGGCGACAAUUAAAAGAAACUUUGAAAGCAUUGAUAAAGAAAAUAAAAAGAGUAUCAAAGAUUUUGUGGACAAGAAUUUUGAAAUUGUGAAAAGUGAAUAUUUAGAUGAUAUACCAUCUGAUUGGAGUGAUUCGCCACCAUUUUUGGAAACUAUUAAAAGUGGACAACUAAGAAAUUUAGCAGGAAAAAUUCACAAAAUGUGGAGGAAUCAUUCAAAAAAAAUUAAUCCUCAAGUAAAAAAUUCAAAACAGAGUUACAGUCUUAUUUAUCUGCCAAACCCUGUUAUUUUGCCUGGUGGUAUGUUUCGAGAAUUUUAUUAUUGGGAUACAUAUUGGAUAGUUGUUGGCCUUUUAGUGUCUGGAAUGUUUGAUACUGUCAAAGCAAUGAUGAAAAAUUUUAAAGAACUCAUCGGAACUUAUGGUUACAUUCCAUAUGGAGGCCGCGUUUACUUGACAGCCACUUCAAACCCACCUAUGUUUGUCCCUAUGAUAUAUGAAAUUUUCAAAUAUACCAAGGAUGAACAAUUUCUUGAUGAAUAUUUUCCUAUUAUGGAAAGAGAAUUAAGUUAUUGGGAAGAGAAUAAAUCGAAAGAUGUGCCAAAUUUUGGAAAAAAAUAUUUCCUUUAUAUACUAGAUGAGGAAGUACCCCGACCUCAAGAGUAUGCACACGAUUAUACACAUGCAAAAAACUUCAGUGAAGAAGAUAUGAAAGACUUCUAUUCUGAAAUGUGGUCUGCAACAGAAUCUGGUUGGUGUUUUUCUAGUAGAUGGUAUAUAACAAAAGAUGGCCCAAACAGUGGAACGAAAUUAAAUACAAAAGUUCGUAGUAUAAUUCCCGUAGAUUUAAAUGCUUUCAUGUGUGGAAAUUAUAGAAUAAUUUCAAAAUUAUACGAACAGCGAGGUCUUCCUGUAGAGGCAAAGAAAUUCCGACACAAAUUUUGGAAAAUGAAACGUGCAGUGAAAGAAGCUUUUUGGCAUGAGGAUCUAGGAAUUUGGUUAGAUUAUGAUAUGUUAAACGAUAAAAGAAGAGACUAUUUUUAUGCGUCAAAUUUGUUGCCAUUGUGGGCACGGUGCUACGAAAAAAAUGAAACUGAGACACUUGUGGCUUCUAUACUUAGGUAUUUAAAUAGUUAUAAAAUUACAAACUACAAAGGUGGAGUUCCUGCCAGUCUCUUUGAGAGUGGAGAAGAAUGGGAUUUACCAAAUACUUAUCCUCAUGUAAUGCAUUUGAUAAUAGUCGGAAUGAACAAGACACAUAUUCCAAUUGCAAAACAUUUGGCUUUCGCAAUGGCACGUCAAUGGCUGAAAUAUAGUUUACGAGCAUUUAAUAAAGAUCAGAAAAUGCAUGCAAGGUAUAACGCUGUAAGGCCCGGUCGUAGAGGAACUGGUGCAACAUAUCAUCUAAAAGGAGGAUACGGAUGGACCAAUGGUGCCUUAAUGGAUAUAAUUUUUAAGUAUCGUAAUAUUGAUUUUACAUCGGUAUCUUGCAAAAAAAAUAUUUCCAAAGUUUUUACGUUAAUGGUAGGUGUAUGUGUGUUCUUAGUUAAUAGAUAACUGAAAUAUUUAAUAAAUUAAUCAUUGAAAAGUA